AUGGAUGCUGAGAGAAAUUGUUUUGUGACGCCAUCAGAGCGAGUGUCUGGCCAGGGCUUGCAUUGUGUGCAGGACAGUGGGACACCUCAAGAAGGAUUUCCCAAUAGUGAAGAAGGGGAAAGCAGGGAAGGUGGAAAUCUUGACUCCCGCUCGAGUGGAAGAAGGCGCGGGAAUAACAAUAAUGUGGUUUCGUCUCUUCAACUAUAUGCUACUGAGAAAAAUGGGCCUGAAGAUGUUGGAUUUGAGUCAUGUAGUUUAUCUGAUGCUGGGUUGAUUGCCCUUGGUGAAGGCUUUCCGAAACAUGAGAAGCUGAGCUUAAUCUGGUGCUCUAACGUCUCAAGUUCUGGCUUAAUUGCACUCACCAAGAAGUGCUCAUUUUUAACAGCUUUAGAUUUACAGGGUUGCUAUGUUGGAGAUCAUGGUCUAGCUGCAGUUGGACAGUCUUGUAAGCAGCUUGGGGAUUUAAAUUUGCGAUUUUGCGAGGCCUUAACAAAUGCGGGUUUAGUAGAAUUAGCUCUUGGUUGUGGGAAUUCAUUGAAAGCUCCUGGUAUUGCUGCUUGUGCUAAGAUAACUGAUGUCUCACUGGAAGCAGUGGGCAAUGCAGCCUUUUUGGAGAAGAGGUUGGAAAGUAUUCCUGCGAUGGUUCAAGGAGUAUGGUCUGAUGAUUCUGCUUUACAAUUAGAGGCAACUACUCAGUUUAGAAAGCUAUUAUCAAUUGAGCGCAGCCCUCCAAUUGAUGAAGUUAUUAAGCCAGGUGUGGUGCCUCAGUUUGUUGAGUUUCUUGGAAGGAAUGAAGUUCCUCAAUUGCAAUUUGAGGCUGCAUGGGCUUUGACCAAUGUUGCAUCUAGAACAUCAGAGCAUACACGGGCUGUUAUCAAUCAUGGUGUUGUCCCCAUGUUUGUGCAACUUCUUAGUUCUGGCAGUGACGAUGUCAGAGAGCAGGCUGUAUGGGCUUUAGGUAAUGUUUUUGGUGACUCACCAAGUUGUAGGGAUCUUGUUCUUAGUCACGGGGCUCUUGUUCCUUUGUUAGCUCAAUUAAAUGAGCACUCGAAGCUAUCCAUGCUAAGGAAUGCUACGUGGACUUUAUCUAACUUCUGCCGUGGCAAGCCUCCUACACCAUUUGAUCAGGUUAAGCCUGCAUUACCAGUUCUUCGGCAGCUUAUUUUCCUGAAUGAUGAAGAAGUUUUGACGGAUGCCUGCUGGGCUCUUUCUUAUCUCUCAGAUGGCCCCAACGACAAAAUACAGGCUGUGAUUGAAUCAGGUGUCUGUCCACGGCUUGUGGAACUUCUGAUGCAUCCAUCGCUUACAGUUCUUGUACCUUCUCUUCGGGCUGUGGGUAAUAUUGUCACUGGUGAUGAUUCUCAGACUCAGUUUGUAAUUGACAAUCAAAUGCUCCCUUGCCUCUUUCAACUCCUUACACAAAACCAUAAAAAGAGCAUAAAGAAUGAAGCUUGUUGGACGAUCUCAAAUAUUACUGCUGGUAAUAAAGCUCAAAUACAGGCUGUAAUUGAGGCCAAUAUCAUUCACCCGCUUGUACAUCUUCUCCAACAUUCAGAGUUCGAUAUAAAAAAGGAGGCUGCAUGGGCCAUCUCUAAUGCCACUUUUGGUGGAUCUCAUGAACAAAUCCAAUUUCUUAUUAGCCAAGGUUGUAUCGGCCCACUCUGUGAUCUCCUAAACUGUCCAGACACAAGGAUUGUAACUGUAUGCCUUGAGGGUCUGGAGAACAUUCUAAAGGUGGGUGAGGCAGACAAAGAAAUGGGACUAAAUGGUGGAGUCAAUAUAUAUGGUCAGGCAAUUGAUGAAUGUGAAGGAUUGGAUAAAAUCGAGAAUCUUCAGAACCACGACAACCAUGAGAUUUAUGAGAAGGCUGUGAAGAUCUUGGAGAGAUAUUGGGCAGAAGAAGAAGAUGAGGAGCAAAACAUCCAAGAUAACGGGGAUGGAACUCAACAAGGUUUUCCUUUUGGAGCAAACCAGCCUACCCUACCCCCUGGUGGCUUCAAAUUUUGUUCAAACAGAGAGACACUGCUCCGAGCUUGCAAAAGUUGGUGUUGAAUUGGAACCUUGGGAAAAACAACUUAUUGAGCACAAGGGAAAACUUGAAGUUGCAUCUACCGAGAAUAAGCUUUUGAGUGAAAAGGAAGUUGCUCAUGCAGCUUUUGAAGAUGUGGAAAAGCAGAUGGAAGACAUAUUGGGAACUAUUGAAACAAAAUCUGAGAGCAUCACAAAAAUUCAAAGUGAUCUUGAAAGGAGCAAACUCGAAGCAUUGGAAGCUCAU